GGUUUUGGUGAAGUUUUCUAACAUCUGACUGCAUUUACAGGGGGAUUUUUCUCUCAGUAUCGGGUCGAGCUGUGAUCGGAUGUUUAAUCCCCCAAAAAGAAACUUCAGAGCAGAGAUCUCAGUCUGACUUCAGCCCAGUGUUGUAAAACUGUCUUCAUCGUCCUCAGAGCACAAACAAUGAAACUGCUGCUGCCAUUUAUUCUCCUGACCGUCCGACUGACCACCGGCUACCGCAGCCCUCUGAAUGACUUCCAGCGCUCAGAGGGCAGAGAGCUGGUUCCCACCUCCUGGAACUCGGCUCGAGUGUCGUUGUUACCGGGCCUGAACCUGGAGGACUGUGCCACACGCUGCUCACAGUCUCUGGACUGCAGAGCGUUCAACUACGAGACCCGUCCAACUGUCUCCUGUAAACACCUGCCCUGGGUGGGUGACGGGAGCAACGCAGAGGUGAAGAGGAACGUGAACUGUGACCUGUAUGAGAAGAAGGUCUAUGUCAGGAAGUGCAUCGUAAGUAAAGGAGAAGACUACAGAGGGAAAGUCUUCACCACGAGAAGUGGACUCACCUGCCAACAGUGGUGGUCCAAGUUUCCUCACGAUCACAGGUGGACUCCCACAGCCACCAACGGUCUGGAGUUGAACUACUGCAGGAAUCCAGAUGGGGAUCGGAUCGGCCCGUGGUGCUACACCACUGACAAUGAGCGACGUUAUGAAAGCUGCAACAUCCCCCAAUGCAAAGAUGACGUGUGUAUCACGUGUAACGGAGAGGACUACAGAGGGCAGGUCGACCACACUGUGAAUGGCAGAGAGUGUCAGAGAUGGGACCAGCAGUACCCGCACCAACACAUCUACCAGCCUGAAAAAUAUCCUGAUAAGAGUUUAGACGACAACUACUGCCGUAACCCCGACGCCUCUCCGGUGCCCUGGUGUUACACCACAGACCCUGAUGUGGAGAGGGAGAACUGUGAGAUCAGCAAGUGCAUGGCUGGACAAAACAAGACAUUUUCACUACAGACCAGGGGCCACAUACAGCCUAAUUUGACCUCAGCUGAGGUGCGGGUGGAGAAACGCCAGCGCUCCAGCUUCACCACCAACUGUUUCCGUGGCCGUGGGGAGGAUUACCGUGGUAAAGUCAACGAGACAACAUCAGGUAUCCCCUGUCAGCGAUGGGAUGCCCAACAACCUCAUGAGCAUCCCUUCUACCCAAACACAUAUGAAUGCAAGGGUUUGGAGGAGAACUACUGUCGUAACCCAGAUGGGUCGGAGGCUCCCUGGUGCUUCACAUCUGUGCCAGAGAUGAGGACCGCUCUCUGCUUACAGAUCAAACGAUGUGCAGACGACAUAGAGGCUGAAGAUUGCUACCAUGAAAAUGGAAAAAACUACAGAGGCAUGGUCCGCAAAACUCGUAAGGGGAUCACCUGCCAGAAAUGGAACGUCAACACACCUCACCUGACCAAGAUAAACCCAAGGACGCAUCCUGAGGCGAACCUGACAGAGAACUAUUGUCGUAACCCAGAUGGGGACCAGCACGGACCCUGGUGCUACACCACUGACCCCAAAACUGAGUUUGACUACUGUGCCAUCAAACAGUGUGCUGGAGAGAAAGUGUCCAUGACUGAACCAGUAGAGAAGGUAGAGUUCAGUGAGUGCGGGAAGAGAGACGACCGCCUCCCGAGGACGAGGUUGCGUAUCGUGAAUGGGGUUCCUGGGAACUCACCAUGGACAGUGAGCCUCAGAGACAGGAAAGGAAACCAUUUCUGUGGAGGAUCCUUGGUUAACCCCAGAUGGGUGAUCAGCACCAAGCAGUGUUUCUCCUCCUGCUACGUGGACCUGCCCGGGUACUCGGCCAUGAUGGGAACUCUGUAUCGUGAUCCACAAGAAGGAGAGCCUGGUGUGCAAACCAUCUCCCUGACCAAGAUCGUCUGUGGACCCUCAGAGUCUCAGCUGGUCAUGCUACAACUGGAAUCCCCGGCCCAGUUUAAUGAGCGUGUCUCUCAGAUCUGCCUCCCUCCUGAGCGCUACAUUGUAGCUGAGGGGACGAACUGUGAGAUCGCAGGAUGGGGUGAGACGAGAGGGACUGGAGAUGAGACUGUCCUCAACGUGGCCCACAUACCAGUUCUUAGUAACAAGGAAUGCAACAAAUACUUCAGAGGUCGUGUUCGUGAGAAUGAGAUGUGCACGAGCUCUUUCCAGGGAGGGGUGGGUGCCUGUGAGAGAGACUACGGCGGCCCUCUGGCCUGUCAGAACAGGGACUGCUGGGUACUCGAGGGUGUCAUCAUCCCCAUGAGGCGCUGUGGACACCCGGGGCAGCCCAACAUCUUCAUCCGAGUCUCUGUCUACGUGGACUGGAUCAAGAAGGUCAUGGAGAUGGCUUAGAGACAGAAACUGCCGUCCAACAGGGACUCAUCAAAUCUGCUGUCAAAGCCCUUAAGACCAGUUAUUCACUUAUUAACCAUAGACAUGUUCCUUCUCGGAUGUCUAUUUUGCAUUAAAAAUGUUAAUAAUACAUUAAAAUGUAUGGUCAGAUUUCACUACACAAGUUACAAGAAGACUAUAUUAAAAAGACACAUACAUUCAUGGAGAAAAUGCAAAGACAGCACAGUAAUUUGUUACAGUAUAUCUGCUUUAACCCUCUGACACCUGGAUUGACAUCAUGUUUCUUGUGCUGCGUUCAAAUGCCUUUCACAAGUAUUUAAACCUUUGAACCAAGAGAAAAUUAGUUUGAUUUCUUUUGAAAACAUGGAAAAAAAGGCAAUGAACAAGUUCACAAGAAAUGUCCCGCAUAUUGCAAGAAAUUAGUAGAUUUAGAAAAUGAUCUUUAAUAAAGAGGUAGGGAAAAUGUUCAGUAGACUAUAUUUAUAAUUAACAUAAUUAUAUAUUUAAUUAAUAACUUAUUUUUCCAUAAUAAUUAUUAUUAUUAUUUUUAAGCACUUUUUUCCAGUUAAUUUCCUUUUUUCUGUCUAAUUUUCAGGUAAUUUUCUUGUACUUUUUACUAAAUUCUUGCUCAUUUUUGUCUCAUUUCUUCAGUAGUUGUUCAUUGCCUUCUUCCCACAUUUUUUUUUAGAUCCAAUUUGCUCAGGAUUUGAAAGAGUUAAAUACUUUUUUGUAUGCAUUUAUAUCUAGUGAAUUUUUCCAGCCAGAGUCACUAACUCUAAGUUCACCAGUGGGGACAUUUAAAGUCAUGAUGUCCUCGAUGCAAGAGGCCAAAAUCAGACAGAAUAAGUACAAAACAAAAUAUUAUCAGAUGCAAAUAAUGCGGAGAUUUAACAUAAAAUGUAAGUAAAGUAAACUUUUCAUGAAGUCCCCCCAUUUAGUGUUUUUAUAAACAUUUAAUAAUGGUUUUAAAUAAACUAUAAUGCAGUUGAAAGCAGAUUUAAGGAGAUUUUGAGUGUUUAUUAAUGCACAGGAUUAAAACUUGUCUCAUAAAGACAUUUUUUAUUAUUACCACCAAAGGUUUUUUCAGUUUGUUUGUUAAUCAGCAGGAUUACAGAAAAAUGACUGGCCCUGCUUUGAUGAAAUUUGGUGUAAGGGUGUAGCACGGGUCAAGGAACAACCAACUCAAUUUGGGAGUGGAUCAGAAUAUUUUUUACUUUCGUUAACAUUAAAGUUGGGGCAUUUGGUCUGCGCUCUCCAAGUGCCUUUCUAGUUACAACUGUGUUUUAUUCAUUAUCUGUUCAUACAGCAGCCUCCACUAAUGGCUGACCACAAGAGGAGUUGUAGUUGUUCACAAAUACAUUGAUAAACACUGCUUACAACUGUUUUAUGGUGCAUUAUAAAGUGUUUAUUCAAUGUUUAUGCACUGCUUAUAAAGGCUAAAUAUGGGGACUUCAGGGAAAGUGUUGGGAAUUUGUUAUUUAUUCACCAAAAAUGGAUGCAGGGAUGAAAUGUUUCCCCUCAGGUUCAGAGGAAAAUAAGUGAGAAUAAGUAACUCUCACUAACAGAGGAGGUGUUGGGGGGUUUACAGCACACAUUUUAAGUUCCUAACAUCCCCUGGAAAUGCACCCUUUUACCACAAAACUGUAUGCCUCCCCUCCUCUCCCUGGCACUGAAUGGAGCUCCAAAAUACCUUCUUUGCCCCCAGCCUCUAAAGAAAUCCCUCCUCUGCCUGUCUUUUGAUGCCUGCCCCCACCUCUAAAGACAUGCCUUUGUGCCUUAUGCAGAACUGUAUGCGCUGCACAUUCUUUCUAGUUCUAUAGGAGGAUUUUUGUAACCCGGUCCUGAUGAGCCCACGGAAUUCAGCUUAAAUAAACCUCAAGAUCAGAGUCCGACCGAAUCUCAGACACACCAGCCUGCAGAGGGCCACUGAACUCACACAUAAACUCUCACACAGACACACACACACACACAAUUUCUCUCUCUCAUGCAAACCCUCCCUCCCCCCUCCCUGCUCCCUGCCUCAUUUCCCAUUCUUUCUGAUUUCUGUCUCUUAAAUUUUCACGCCAACAUUUUUUCCCUUUGUCUCGACAAUCAGAGGAUCCUGACAUUUUAUCUUUUGCUGAACUAAGAAGAACUGAAGUGUCGAAAAUGUUCCCCUUUAACUAACACACACACAGCGUUCAGAAAUGGCAGGUUGACAGUUAUGAUUUCAGCGUCAUUCUGCUGUCUUUCAUUUAGUAAUAUUUAUAGUGAAUGACUAAUCAAAUUCAUAUAUGACUACCACUUCUCACCAACUGUUAAAGCUUCUAGGAAACCUGAAUACAUUUUUAAUAAAUGCUGCCACACAAACAUGCAAA